ACAGCGCCACUAUGCGGUGCUGACUGCCUCCUGUCACUCCGGGAGCAGCAGCAACUACGUGCGGGAACCGGCUCAGCCCCUUCACAAAGCGCUGACAGCCUGUCACAGACACGCCCCCCGGUGACGCCAGGGCCUGGUUGUUGUUGCUGAUGAUGAUGAUGCAGUGAGGCGGCCGCUGUGUGUGGCGCUGGCGCGAAAGGAGCAUGGAGGAGGUGGAAAUGGAAGACGCACCGUGCGCCGACCCGGAGACUAAGGAGCAGCCGGUAUCGGGGAGCAAGGGCACCGGCGCCGGGACUCAUGAGCUGCCGUGGGUGGAAAAAUACAGGCCUCUAAAGCUGAAUGAAAUUGUUGGGAAUGAAGAAACUGUUAGUCGACUUGAGGUAUUUGCAAGAGAGGGAAAUGUUCCAAAUAUCAUCAUUGCUGGUCCUCCUGGAACUGGUAAAACAACAAGUAUUUUGUGUUUGGCACGAGCACUUUUGGGCUCAGCGUUUAAGGAUGCUGUACUGGAACUCAAUGCCUCAAAUGAUCGAGGCAUCGAUGUGGUGAGAAACAAAAUUAAAAUGUUUGCACAACAGAAGGUUACACUUCCAAAAAGUCGGCAUAAAAUUAUUAUACUGGAUGAAGCAGACAGCAUGACAGAUGGAGCCCAGCAAGCUUUGAGAAGAACUAUGGAAAUCUAUUCCAAGACAACCCGCUUUGCUCUGGCCUGCAACGCCUCUGAUAAGAUUAUAGAACCUAUCCAGUCUCGCUGCGCUGUUCUCCGCUAUACAAAACUAACGGACUCGCAGGUCCUUGCUAGGUUGAUGACUGUGGUAGAGAAGGAGAAAGUUCAGUGCACAGAUGAUGGGCUUGAGGCCAUUGUAUUCACUGCACAAGGGGAUAUGAGACAGGCGUUGAAUAACUUACAGUCCACACAGUCUGGUUUUGGAUUUGUAAACAGUACAAAUGUGUUUAAGGUUUGCGAUGAGCCUCAUCCAUUAUUAGUGAAAGAAAUGUUACAGCACUGUGUGAACGCGAACAUAGAUGAAGCAUACAAGAUUGUAGCUCAUCUCUGGAAACUUGGUUACUCCCCAGAAGAUAUCAUAGGCAAUAUUUUCCGAGUGUGUAAGACUUUUCAGAUGCCUGAAUAUCUCAAGCUGGAAUUUAUUAAGGAAAUUGGUUACACACACAUGAAAGUUGCAGAGGGUGUGAAUUCUAUUCUACAGAUGGCUGGACUCCUAGCACGGCUAUGCCAGAAGACUGCACUGUCUGCAAGCUGAUGAGUUUUGGCUUUUUUUCCUGUUGUGUUUUUUUUUUUUUUUAUGGUGUUAUUUCCCAGUCACCUCCAGAAAGGAUUAAUAAUAAAAGAAUAUUCUGUAAAAGAAA